AUGGCAAGCGCCGGCGGCAAGGAGGAGCCCGGGCUGUUCGCGAAGCAGGGGAGCAAGCUCCACGCGAAGAUGCUGUCCAAGGAGGCGGCGGCGCAGCUGGCAGUGCCGUCGUUCCGGGUGUACUACCCCGUGGCGUCGGCGGGCGCGGUGCCGUUCCUGUGGGAGUCACAGCCGGGCACGCCCAAGAACGACUCGCCCUCCGCGGCCACGCUCCCGCCGCUCACCCCGCCGCCGUCCUACUACUCCUCCGCGGGCAGGGGCGGCGCCGGCGGCCGAUCCAGGACCCGCCGGCCCGGCUGCGGCCUCCUCGGCGCCAUCCUCCCCAGGAGGAUCACCCUCCUCCGGAGGAGGCCCGGAGGCGGCGGCAGCCGGACGACGCCCGCGGCGUGCUCGUCCUGGUCCUCCUCCUCCUGGUCGUCGUCCAGUUCCAACACGUCGGCCACCAUGUCGCCCGUCUUCACCGUGCAGGGCGGGGCUUCCCGUGGCCACCACAGGCGCGCGUUCUCGGCCGUCGCCGGCGGCGUCGACGACGACGCGCAGGAGGAGGCCAGGCCGCGGUGCUUCUGGACGGAGCGCGAGUGCUGCGAGAAGAGGGCGGUGAAGGGGUGCGGCGUCGCGGUGGCCGUCAGGAACGCGCUGGCCACGGUCGUCGGCGGCAAGCCCGGCCGGCGAGCUGCCACUACCAGCGCCGUAGCAUAG